AUGAGGGAUCUGUGGUUAGUGGGCCACAAUGAUGAGGGAUCUCUGUGGUCAGCGGGCCCCAACGAUGAGGGAUCCCUGUGGUCAGCAGGUCCCAAGGAUGAGGGAUCCCUGUGGUCAGUGUGCCCCAACAAUGAGGGGUCCCAGUGGUCAGCGGGCCCCAAUGAUGAGGGAUCUCUGUGGUCAGCGGGCCCCAACGAUGAGGGUUCCCUGUGGUCAGCAGGUCCCAAGGAUGAGGGAUCCCUGCUGUCAGCAGGUCCCAAGGAUGAGGGAUCCCUGUGGUCAGCAGGUCCCAAGGAUGAGGGAUCCCAGUGGUCAGCGGGCCCCAAGAAUGAGGGAUCUCUGCGUUCAGUGGGCCCCAACGAUGAGGGAUACCUGCGGUCAGCGGGUCCCAAGGAAGAGGGAUCCCUGCUGUCAGCAGGUCCCAAGGAUGAGGGAUCUCUGCGUUCAGUGGGCCCCAACGAUGAGGGAUACCUGUGGUCAGCGGGCCCCAAGGAUGAGGGAUCUCUGCGUUCAGUGGGCCCCAACGAUGAGGGAUACCUGUGGUCAGCGGGUCCCAAGGAUGAGGGAUCCCUGUGGUCAGCGGGUCCCAAGGAAGAGGGAUCCCUGCUGUCAGCAGGUCCCAAGGAUGAGGGAUCCCUGUGGUCAGCAGGUCCCAAGGAUGAGGGAUCCCUGCUGUCAGCAGGUCCCAAGGAUGAGGGAUCCCAGUGGUCAGCGGGCCCCAAGGAUGAGGGAUCUCUGCGUUCAGUGGGCCCCAACGAUGAGGGAUACCUGUGGUCAGCGGGUCCCAAGAAUGAGGGAUCCCUGUGGUGA